AUGUCCGGUACCGAGCAGAAGAAGCAGAUUGGAGAGGACCAGUUCCACACCCCCGAGCUCGACGCUGCUCGCCAGGAGAUCUGGGACAACGGCAUCAAGCAGCGCCGUCGUGUUCUCGGAGACGCCUACGUCGAUGCGCAGCUUGCUCGUGGCUCGAGCGAGUUCGCCAAGCCCGCCCAGGACUUUGUCACCCGCUGUGCUUGGGAUGGACUCUGGUCGCGCCCGGGACUUGAGCUGAAGCACCGCUCGCUCGUUGUCAUUACUAUCCUCGCUCUCGGCGGCCACGAGAAGGAGCUCACCGGCCACACGAAGGGUGCCCUCCGCAACGGUCUGACCGAGGACGAGAUCCGCGAGGCUGUAAGUCCUCCUCCUUUGAUCGAAACUGACAUCCAGAUGAUGCACGUCAUGGGCUACGGCGGCUUCCCGAAGGGUCUCGAGGCGUUCCGUAUCGUCGGCAACGCCAUUGAGGAGUACAAGAAGGAGCAGGCUGCGGAGCAGGCCAAGCAGGACAAGCAGUAA